AUGCUAACUAGAGAACCUGAAGAGAUUGCUGAUGCAGCUAAAUUAAAACCUAGAUAUGUGAAAGAGCUUCUUGGUGCAUUGUCUGUGAGUGGUAUUGUAGAAAUCGAUCCCACAAAUGAAAAGUAUUUCCUACCACACCAUCGGCGUGAUUUCCUCAACACAAAGAACUUCAAAUCAGUAUGUGUUCAAAGCAUGCAACUAGUACCUAAGCUUUGUCUAAUUAGAAAGGAAGUUAAGGAAUGCUUUAAACUAGAUGGACCCCAAGGCAUUCCUCAAUCUGUUUUUCUUGAUUUUGCAAAACAGAAAUCAGAAAUCAAUGCCAUGAAAUUUAAUCAUAAACUUGUGACAUUUAUUGAGAGAGUUGAUGGCUUAGUGGAAUUACUUGAGAAUGGUGCAAAAGUGAUUGAUUUGGCAUGUGGUGCUGGUGACUCUACCCUGUUAAUGGCCCAUCGCUUUCCCAAGUCUAAUUUUCUUGGGGUUGACUUUGUGUCGGAACAACUGGAGACUGGAAGGCAGCGGGCAAAAGAAAGAAACCUUGGCAACGUUGAUUUUGAAGUACAAAACAUCGAACAGCUUCCAAAAGAAUGGAAUGAAAAAUUUGAUUUUAUCUUCUGUCAUAAUGUAGUCCAUGAUCUAGCCCACCCUAGUAGAGGUCUAGAAGAGUUCCACAGAGUUCUCAAAGCCUCUGGUAUCGGCCUAAUCAUUGACCUCAAUUUACACACUAAACAAUCUGAAAAUGUAAAAACUAAUUACGCUGUACAAAAGUAUAUUUUUAGUAUGUUGUAUUGUGUGCCCGGCUCAUUGUAUUUUGAUGGAGGGGAAGGGUUAGGUGCAGCAUGGGGCGUGGAAAAAGCAGUUGAAUUGAUAGAAAGAGUUGGUUUUAAUGUGACAACUCAAAAGGAUGGUGAUAAAGUUUCUUACAUAUGUAAAAAAGAGGUGUAGCUAGGCCCUUUGAAACUGGAAAAUAUACUACCUCUAAAACAAAUGCAAUUCCCAUUCAUCACGCUAUGUACAGUAAUUGAGGGAAAUGUGAUUAGCUAACAAUAAUCAGUUAUGUUCUGUAAUUUUCCAUUUCAAUUUUAGUACUGAAUUUUGCUACAGUAUUUUAAUAUUUGAUAAAUUCUGUUAUCAUUCAUUUUAUUACCACA